AUGUCCGUCGUGCUUGAUGAUCGCGUGGGUGGCGGAAUGCCGAUGCAGCUGUCCAUGUCGUCGAUCAUGGAGGUGCCGCCAGACCGGCUGAUCGCAGCCCUCGAGCACAAACAACCCAACAUCCUAGUCGCUUGCAUCGACCGUCUCAGAUCCCUUCUCUUCAAGGCGGAGUCCUACCAGACUCAGAUUCUCCGAGGAGUCCAUGUGGACAAGCAUCCCAAGCAGUUCAAGGGGCAGGAGCAGCCGCCUCCCAGCACCCUCAUCGAGCUUCCCCUCCCUCCCUCUGCCACCCAGACGCUCAAGAAGGGAUGCAGCACGUUGCAGCGGUCCGUCCUCCCCAUGCGCCUCUCCGACCAGGCGACUGCCCUGCAUAUGCGGUUGGUUCAGCUCAAGUGCGCAGUGUCGGAGGGCCGGCUGGACGUGAAGGCGUUCGGGAUCAAGUCAGAUCACGACACGAAUCCUGCGCACGUCGCUGCUCUCCUCCGAGUCUGCCUGGCCCUGAUGGGCAAGCAGUCCUUCGACGACAUGGUGGAGCACUGGAUGCUCGUGCCAAGACAGCGAUUGAUCAGCCUCUACAUCGACGAGUACUCCGCGACCAUGCAAGAGAUCAUCCGGAUCGCCAACGAGCAGUAUCAGGCCAACGAGGAGCCUACUGGUCCCCAGAGCAAGUAUGCGCAGCUCGAGCCACAAACUUACCAGGCGCCCACGUCUCGUGAGAGGAUCGGCGAGAAGAUCUUGCAGGCAAGGACUGAUCGCUUCCUCUCCUCCCCGAGGCUCAACCUGCUGCAGCGGCUCAAUGUCGUGGUGGUGCCCAUGGUAGACAAGCAAGCUGAUCCUCUGGGCCCCGGGCAGAUCAUGCAGGGUGUGAUGUCGAACCCUGUGGGGAUGCCAGGAGACUACCUGGUGCGGCACAUCGACAUGCUCUUCCGCAACAUGGCCAUGACAGAACGAGAGCAUGCUGGCUCGCUGCUCACGGGAGACCGCGAGACCUGGGAGCUUCUCCGGUGUACUCUCCCCAAGGACGCGCUGCCCAUGGUGGAGGGGCUGGUGUGCACGUAUGGAGGAGAGGAGGAGAGGCUCAGGUUGGGGAUCACUGCUCGCCGGAGGUCAAACGCCCUUGCUCGCAUCGCUUCCGUCAAGUUUCCCCUGCCGCAGACGGAGCUCGACACGCUCGCCAAGUCUGCUGAAGCGCAUGUGGCGACCUGCAAGAGCAAGAACGUGGAGGCCGCGCGCGAGCAUCACAUUCGAGGGAAGGCAAGGCAGCUUGGAGUGUGGCUGGACCCUGCCAAACGAUCUUCUGCGGAGAUGAGGAGCCGAUACCACGAGAAGCACAUGCACGAGCUCACAGAUGGCGACGACGAUCGACGCGAUGCCUGGGACCCCGACGAUGAUGCAGAUCACGUCCCCCCUCCUCCAGACCCGAACCGCCCAAGACCGCUAGGAACGCAGCAAGGCUGCGGGUUGAGCCUUGCUCGUGACGGAUCGUUGCAAUCCUUGGAGGGAGGCGCCAUGCCCGGGGGUCAGGCUGGGGUUGUUGACCCUGACGACGGGGUUCAACUCUCAGUGAAGAUCAACGACCCUGGCUCUAAUGGAGGGACGAGAUAUAAGGCCUGGGUCUUUCAUCGCGACGACGUCCUCAAGCGUCUCGGAUGGAGAUUGCUCCAUUGCGGUUGGGACCUCAACCCCUGGCAAGACUACGCAACCUUCCUGGUUCCUCAGGCAUGCCUGGCCCCGGCAGAUCGGGAGCGGAGGAACAAAAUCCCAAAGGAGGAACGGCAAUAUUGGUCCGACAAGAACGACUUCUGCAGGUGCCUGGAAGUCGUCCUAGAUGAAGUCUCCGGCAAGCCUCCAGCGAAGCCGCACAAAGGCAUCGAUGUCAUGGACAAGCAUGCGAAGCGCAAGAGGUUGCAGGAGGAGAAAGACAACAGGUACCGCAAAAAGAUGCACCAGAUGGUCAACGCGCUCUUGCCCGAAGUUGCGCCGGUACCGCCUCCUGGGAUCCGAGGUGGAGAUGCUGGGCCUCUGGCUGUCAACAGCUGGCAGAUGCAGGUGCAACGAGUGCACGGUGAAGACCCUGAGUGUGUAGAUGGAUAG